CACACACAGCACUGAAAACAACACACCUCUUAUGCACCAAGAGACACUCGUGCAAACACUCCCUCUCGCUCACACACACACACUUGCAACACUGUCACUUUCCGUCCCUGAGAUGUGGAGCUGUGCUUCACUCAUCGCGACUCCCCCUCUCCCAUACUGAGUUCGCUGGCUGCCUGCGCUUCGUUCCCACUGAAGGACACUGUCAUUGACUCAUCCCACUCUUUAUAAGGAGACGGUAAUGAUGCGAGACCGCCUGGCGUAGUGGAAUCACCAGGCAGAGUUGCCUCAAAGACCAGAGGAGAGUCGAACCAUGUCAGACUGAGAGUGGAGCUGCUGGAGAACUAGCUGUCAUUUUCUGUCAAAUUUAUUUUUGGGGGGUUUACAUUCUCAAUCCACCAUUUGUAUUUUUUUUUUCUCAUCUUGAAAACCCCUCGGAUGGUGUGCGAAAAGGAGCGUCAGCUGCUUGUGGAGCAUGGGUACAACUGCCAGCGCAGCGCCACAAGCCGUCACGUCCGCAUCGCCACUUGAAAGUGUCCAUGGCAACGGGAUGGCAGACAGCAGGCAGUCGCUUAGUGUGAGCUCCUUCCAGACGGUCAACAUCCACAACAACAAGGCCAAGUCCAUAAUCACCAACAAGGUGGCACCCGUCGUCAUCACGUACAACUGCAGACAGGAGUUUCAGAUCCACGAUGACGUCCUCAGAACAAAUUAUAAAGUGGGUCGGAUAUCAGAUACGAUGCCUGAACAUUAUUUGGUCCUGGGGGAGUACUUCAUGGUGCAGGACGUGUACAGCAAGGCGGAUGUCCUCAAUACCACAGGCAUCUACGGGGCGCCCAACUUCCGCCAAGUUAAAGGGGCUUGCCCUCUGUUUGGAAUGGGCCAACCCAGUCUGAAUGGUUUCAAACAGGUCCUCCAAUGGCUCCAGGGCCAAGGAUACGAGGAGGUGAUUUUCUUCUGUGUGCGAGAGGAGCCGGUGGUCUUCCUUCACUUGGAGGACAACUUUGUACCGUACACCCCCAGGAGGAAAGAGAACCUCCAUGAGAACCUUCAUGGCCUGGACAAGGAGGAGCAGGUGGAGAACCUGGAGCUAAAUAUCCGAAAAGAGCUCCAUGACUUUGCCAAGCUCAACGAGAACGUUUUCUAUGUCUACAACGACAUUGAGCACUUCAAGGACGAGCCCCAGAAGAUGGCCAUUGCGUGUGAAGAGGACAUUCACGUCACCGAGGAGGUCUACAAGAGACCCAUGUUCACCUCGCCGCUCUACAGGUACCACAGACUGCCACUGCCGAUGGAGGGCGCUCCUCUGGAAGAGGACUUUGAUGUCUUUGUCAGCAUUCUUAGGGAGACCCCUCACCUGCUGCUGCGUACCGACCCGCCCAGGCCCCCGCCGGCCCUGCUGUUCAGCUGCCAGGUGGGCGUGGGCCGCACCAACCUAGCCAUGAUCCUGGGCACCUUGGUCAUGAACCGCCUAAAGGGCACGGCAGAGCUGGAGAGCGAGGAGGUUCCACCCUCCGAACCGAAGCCACUUUUCCAGGUCAUCCAGAACUUGGUCAACAAGCUGCCUAACGGGCAACAGGUGAUGGAAGAGGUGGACCACGCUAUUGGCCUUUGUUCAGAAAUGCACAACAUCAAAGACGCCAUAUAUGAAAAUAAGAAGAAGCUGGAGGGGAUAGGAGAAGAUUAUCAGAUUCAGGGAAGCAGUACCAAAGACUACUUUCUUCAGCGAACAAUGCAGAGCUUGGAGCGUUACUUUUAUUUGAUAGUGUUCAACGCGUACCUCCACGAACAGUAUCCUCUGGCAUUUGCGUGUAACUUCAGCCAGUGGAUGUGUGCACACGCGUGGGUGUACAGGCUCUUGGCCUGUAUGGACCUGUCUGGGAUGUCUGCCCCUGCCGACCUCGUCACCAGAGGGGCACGCGUCUUGGUUGCUGAUGAGUACUUGGCCCCAGACGUGCUCAGCACCAUGAAAGAGAUGAAGGUUGCCAAUUUCAGACGCGUGCCCAAGAUGCCAAUCUACGGGAUGGCACAGCCCACAGCCAAGGCAACGGCCGCAGUGUUGGCCCACCUGACGGACGAAAAACGUAAACACAGCCACGUUCUCUGGGUGAACCUGCAGGAGGAGCUGGUGCUGGAGGGGAACGGCCAGGUGUUCAUCCCCAGAGAGCCCUCCUGUCUAGACCAGGACAUCUCUGUCCCAGCCUCUGACACCCAACAACUGGAGAAACUAGAAACAGCCCUGAAGGAGGAAAUCCUGAGGGCCCAGAAGUGGUUGGAGGUGAUCCUGGAGCAGGAGAAGCAGAUGAAGAUGUUCAAGAACUGCCUGACAGUGCAGGAAGUGUUCAGACAGCAGGAGAGCGUUCACCAGGGGCUCAUUUACAGACGCAUCCCCCUGGACGACUGCAGCGCGCCCAGAGAGGAGGACUUUGACAAGCUAAUGGAGGCCAUGAAGUCUACCUUGGCAGAGGACUCCCACUCGGCCUUUGUCUUCAACUGCUCCAAUGGCAAGGGCAGGACCACCACAGCCAUGGUCAUGGCUGCUCUCACUCUCUGGCACUUCAACGGCUUCCCUGAGUUUGGCGAUGAUGAGAUAGUGAGUGUUCCCGAUGCCAAGUACACCAAGGGGGAAUUUGAGGUGGUGAUGCAGCUGGUGCGCCUGUUGCCGGAUGGCCACAGGAUGAAGAGAGAAGUGGACAUGGCCCUGGACUCAGUCAGUGAGACCAUGACCCCCAUGCACUACCACCUGAGGGAGAUCAUCAUCUGCACCUACAGACAGAUCAAAACGGGUAAAACGGAAAAACAGACAGAGCUGUUGCUGUUGAGGAGCUUGCAGUACCUGGAGCGCUACAUGUACCUCAUCCUCUUCAACACAUACCUGCACCUGGAGAAGAAAGACUCGUGGCAGCGCACCUUCACCUUGUGGAUGCAGCAGGUGGCUGCCAGGGCUGGGGUUUAUGACCUUCUCAACCAGCUGGGUUUCUCCGAGUUUGAAAACCCCCGGGACACACCUCUGGCCAGGCUGCGCUGUCGCUGGCAACGGCAGAAUGUCCAAUCACUUCCCUUCAGGGGGGAGUUUAUCUGAGAAAAGAUCACUUUGAACUGCCAAAAAACUAUACAGUUUCUUUUUUGGGGGGUUGUGAGAUUUUAAUGUUUUUGUAUUUUACUUCUGUAUUACCAAUACAAUUUUGUGUUUUUUUAACCCACUACCAUGGUAAACUUGUUUAAUAUGAUUAGUGAUGCCUGUUUAAUACUAUGAGUGAUGCCUGUUUUUCUUAUGUUUCAGCUUAAUAAUUGCCAAGUUGCAAGAUGACAGUUGUGCCUUUGCUCAAUUUUUUUUUUUACUCUAUGCUCAUGAUAUAUAGAAUUUCAAUCAACUAAUGUUGUUUUUAAAUUAAAUACAAAUAAUUGACUUGCUGUCUUACAUACAUGGAUAUUGGUAUAAUCAGUUUGCUUUAUGUCAAUAAAGUGUUCAGAACCUUCUCACAGUUAGUUUCUCAGUCAAAAACCUUGAGAUUUGCAUCGCAGGUUGUCAUAUUCCAGACAAUUGGUAGGUCUGUCAGGUCCGAAGUAUAAAUGUAUUCAUGGAAUACUUUUUUCUAAUGAAAUCAAGUUUCUGUGUGCAGUUACUGACAAGUGAUCUAGUUAUUUGACAAAGUUUAUCACUUUUUCAUGUUUUGAGGUAUCAAACAUGGCUUGUCCUUUUGUUCAACAUUCAAAAGCAGUAACAGAUACUGUUAUUCACCGUGUCAUGAAGAGAAAUGUGUUUUUAUUUCAACAAUGGAAAUUAGCAUUGUUAGAUGUUCUUAGCUCAUUGAUUUUCAUGGAUGGCUUUUUUGAGCUGUACUGUAUACUAAAGAAUUUUGUAUCCAAACACCUGUCACUGAUGUUUCUUAUUACGUGUCUUGAUUAUUGGCUUGACUGACUUGACCGAGCACAACUUGUCGGUGUACAAUUUAAAUGCAGUAUUCAUGAAGUCAAAACAAUUGUUAAGACACUUAGAAUAAAUCCAUUCUUCUUCAGAGAUGGAUCAUUCUUUUUAUGUAUUUUGCUAUGAAACUGCUAAAAACCACCACUAUGGACACUUUUUAAGUUGGUGUGAGUAAUGUAGAAGUCUUGAAACUGGACAGUGGAAGACUGGAGUCUGCACCCACAGUCUGUAGUGUUUGAGUUUCUGUGACCUUAUCAGGUCUGUCGCAAUAAUUUAAUUAUACAGCCUACUGCUAAAUCUAUGCUUGGAAACUGUCAGUUUCGUCAGGUCUAUGGUACUGAAAUGUACUGGGAUUUAAAUGCAGAUGUCAUCAAUUGUUGAUCAAUGUUAAUAUCAUUCACCGUUGGCAAAACGUCUUGGUCAUGUACAAAAAGUGGUCAAUGAGGACAUGAAGGGUUCAAUUAUAAGUUUGAUAUUCUUUGUAUUUUUAUGUUGAUUCAAAUAACCUUAGUCCUCUAAUUUAUUUACAGAACGUGCUGGUGAUUCUUCUUUUCUUAAUGGGCAUUUUAACAGUCCAUAUAUCCUGUGUUUAUUCAUAGUCCUUCUAAAAGAAUGUCAUUAGUGAAAACGAAAUAAGUUAAUGUACUGUAUAUUAAAAAUUGUCAGCAUUGAUCUGUACCGUAGUUUGACAACUUUAACUCCUAGUUUUUCAGUUUUGUUUGAGUUGAUCUCAUAUUUCAUCAGCCAAUCAAGCAAAGAACAAUGGGUUUGAAGGGAUGAAAAUGAAAAUUCCGUGAUCGCUCCUAAAAA